GUCGCUUUCCGUCGGCGCAGUCUUGAUGACAGCUUCUACUUUGAGACCUUCGUUACCACUCCCUUGGUUGGUUUGCCACCACAGUUGAAGCUAUGUUAUCGCAUUCCCGAUGUCUUUCCCGGACACUUGGGCGUUCUCUGUCUGCGUUAAGUCAGGGGAAGUAUGUGCUGGCUGGAAGGACUGCUUCAGGCCUAUCCGCUGGCAACAGGGUUGUCUACAGGAACAGUCAGUCUAGAUAUGAAUCUCUGUCAUCAGUUGGUGUCUUCCACGUCAGAUACUUCAAGACGUCUGCAGCACACAGGGAUGAAGUUGUCACCGUCAACACCCCUCCGUUCUCUGAGUCGAUCACAGAAGGGGACGUCAGGUGGGAGAAAGCUGUUGGAGAUUCAGUGAAAGAGGAUGAGGUGGUGUGUGAGAUCGAGACUGACAAGACCUCCUUGCAGGUGCCGUCUCCGGCGGCCGGGGUGAUCACGGAGCUGCUUGUGCCAGACGGAGGGAGGGUGGAGGCCGGGAAUCCCCUCUUCAAACUCCAAAAAGGAGCUGCAGCAGCCGCUACUGUCCCGGCGGCAGAGGCCCCUGCAGCAGCCGCUGCUCCAACCCCGGCUGCCAUCCCCGUCGCCAUGCCCGCGGUGCCUCCCGUGCCAACGCAAGCAGCCCAAGCCAAACCUGUUUCUGCAGUCAAGCCCAGCGCAGCACGAGCAGAACCAGUAGCAGUAGCCCAUGGGGCCAGGACAGAGAGCAGGGUCAAGAUGAAUCGUAUGAGGCUGAGGAUCGCUCAGAGGCUAAAAGAGGCUCAGCAGACCUGUGCCAUGCUCACCACCUUCAACGAGAUAGACAUGAGCAACAUCCAGGAGAUGAGGAAGCUCCAUAAAGAUGCUUUCCUGAAACGACACAAUAUCAAGCUGGGUUUCAUGUCAGCCUUCGUUAAGGCUUCAGCACACGCUCUCAUGGACCAGCCUUCUGUCAAUGGAGUGAUUGAUGAUACAACCAAAGAGAUCGUGUACAGGGAUUAUGUUGACAUCAGUGUGGCUGUGGCCACUCCCAAGGGACUGGUUGUACCGGUUAUUCGCAACGUAGAGACCAUGAACUUUGCUGACAUUGAGAAAACCAUCAACGGUCUGGGAGAGAAGGCUCGUAAUAAUUUGCUGGCUGUGGAGGACAUGGACGGAGGUACCUUCACCAUCAGUAACGGGGGAGUGUUCGGGUCCAUGUUCGGCACGCCCAUCAUCAACCCACCCCAGUCUGCCAUCCUGGGCAUGCACGGUAUCUUCGACAGGCCCGUGGCCAUCGGCGGCAAGGUGGAGAUCCGGCCCAUGAUGUACGUGGCUCUGACAUACGACCAUCGGCUGGUCGACGGCAGAGAGGCCGUCACCUUCCUGCGUAAGAUCAAGUCAGUGGUGGAAGACCCCCGCGUUCUUCUGCUCGACAUGUGAUCCCAACGUCCCAUCACUACAGCAGGGCCACGUUCAGUACACAGCGCUGUUGCCUGACAUUACAGAGGGGUAUGCUAUAACGCAGAAUCAGAGUUAGCCAGCUAACGUUGAUCAACAAGCAGCAAUAACUGGUUGUUGAUCUGGUUACAUCUAAGAAAGCUCAACUUAGAUUUGCCUUUUUUUGGUUGUUCGGCCAAUUUUGACCAUGCUCAUUUCAAGGUUAUCUUUCCCCCCCAAAAAUGUAAAAAGUUAUUUCAGAAAAUUUAGGCAACUUUGCUGGCUCUCGUUGACCCUGCUUUGUAGUAUACCCCUCAUAUAGCAGUGUUGUGAAUAGAGAGGACUUGAUUCCUUCUUAUACCCUUCGAGAGGGAUGUUGUUUCAACAUCAUGCUCCAAAACGUUGUGCCCUGCUGAACGCACCCCAAAGCUAUUUAAACAUCACUCAGCCUCUGUAUAAAACCCCAAACCCCCCCCCCCCCCCCCAAAUAAAACACAAGCGACAGCCAAAUCUUAUGUACUGCUUUUGGUUAAAGAGAGAGAGCCUGAGUCCCUGAUCUGGUUGUGGCGUUUUGUCAAGAAAGGACAAAACGGAUAUAUGGGAAUCAAGCAAAUAGAGAAUUUAAUGUUGAGAUUAUUCACUUUAUUAUUGGGUGGGUAUCAUUCUGCAGCUUUUGCUCAGAUUGACAUGUCAGAUUGAUUCAACAGUUGGUCAACAUCAUACAGUGUUACCACUGACUCUCUGAUGAACCUACCAUGUCUGAUCCGACUCAAUAUUAGACUGACUCUGAUGAACCUACCAGGUCUGUUCUGUCUCAAUAUUAGACUGACUCUCUGAUGAACCUACCAGGUCUGUUCUGUCUCAAUAUUAGACUGACUCUCUGAUGAACCUACCAGGUCUGUUCUGUCUCAAUAUUAGACUGACUCUCUGAUGAACCUACCAUGUCUGAUCCGACUCAAUAUUAGACUGACUCUGAUGAACCUACCAGGUCUGAUCCGUCUCUAUUAGACUGACUCUGAUGAACCUACCAGGUCUGAUCCGUCUCUAUUAGACUGACUCUGAUGAACCUACCAGGUCUGAUCUGUCUCAAUAUUAGACUGACUCUGAUGAACCUACCAUGUCUGAUCCGUCUCUAUUAGACUGACUCUGAUGAACCUACCAGGUCUGAUCCGUCUCAAUAUUAGACUGACUCUGAUGAACCUACCAUGUCUGAUCCGUCUCUAUUAGACUGACUCUGAUGAACCUACCAGGUCUGAUCCGUCUCAAUAUUAGACUGACUCUGAUGAACCUACCAGGUCUGAUCCGUCUCAAUAUUAGACUGACUCUGAUGAACCUACCAGGUCUGAUCCGUCUCUAUUAGACUGACUUUGAUGAACCUACCAGGUCGGAUCCGUCUCAAUGUUAGACUGACUCUGAUGAACCUACCAGGUCUGAUCCGACUCAAUAUUAGACCUGUACAUUCAAAGCACUUACAUUGCUGUCUAGAAGGAACCUGGAAGUCGGCAUUUCAUUGGACAGUGUACUGUACCACGUGUAUCCAGUACAUACGACUAAUAGAAGUGAACUUGGAAAAGAAACAGACACAUUUAUUUUUCUUCAAAGCAUCAUGAAUUUUGUGUACCUUUUUUUUAACACUGAGAUUUUCCAUCGCGCUGUACAUGUAAAUCUAUCCAUGCUAGUGAUUUAAAGCCAAUACGUGUUUUUAUAACGCUACCCUAAAGAAAUGUUCAGUCGGACAAGAUGAAGUCCAUUCUGAAGCUCCUGUGCUGUUUUGACUGUCCCAUGUCCUGGUUCUGUGUUUUGACAGAGCUAUUCAUGGGGAUACAGAAGCCUGUCUCCCCUGUAUGUCUAGUCUCUUGGCUUCCUACUGUUGCAGUAACUUCUGCUUAUUUUUGGGGUGACUGUCCACUGAGCAGCAUUGGAAGUGAUUUGGAAUCUCAUGGAAACUACCACACCCAUUGGGGUUUGCGUCCAUAAUGGCAUCCUAUUUCAUUUAUAUCGUGCACUACAAAAGUAGAGCACUAUAUACGUAUUAGGGUGCCAUUUCAGAUACAGAUAAUUGUCUUUGAGGUUUUGGUAGAGAAGGGAGUAACCACUUUCCGUCGUCUCUCUAAGAUGUACUUCUGUCUGUCCAUGAGAAGGCAGGCACCCUGCUAUAGAAAACCCGGACGCCAAUUUUGUUCAGGACUUACACAACAUCGUUUUUGGGAGUAGUUUUCAAGAAGCACAAUUUAGCAGCAUGCACGAUGUAUUUCUCAUGAUCAACUCUUCUUUGUUGAACCCACCCAGGUAAAGAGAUGUCUUUCUGUGCUGCGUACAAUGCUUAGUAACUAUUUAAAAACGACUAUUGUAGGUAGUAACGCUUAAUAACGCCACGUAAUAUAGAAUUUAUAACGGAUUAGUAAAUAGUUUAUUAAUCAUUACUCCAUUCAUAAGAUGUUUAAUAUAGGUCAUUUAUUUAACCAUUUAGUUAAGUCAUUAGUUAAAAGUAUUUUUUUUUGCUUGACCUCAUCAAAAGUGUGGGUUAUUUAUAUUUUAUAAGUAUGUAUUAUUUUGUGAGGGUGGAGAAUUUGCAAACCCGGAACUCCCAGAACUAAAUCCAGCCCACUGAGAAAAUUAUGCAAAGUUUCAGUUCUGGGUUAUUUGAGAGAAGACUGCUCUUAAGGCAUGACUGCAAACCACACUUUGCUUUUGGUAGAAAGGUCACUGCCAAGAAACGCUCAUGUUCAAAUUCUCAUCUGUGUUGUGGGCUUAUUGUUUAACCGUUGAUAUGUUCGAGGGGCCAUUUUGAGACCUUAAGGAGCAUCGGGUAUUACUGGAAUGUCUACCAAUGACAUGUCCAUCUGUUUGGUGAGAAAUUACACUUGUCGCUCAAAACAUUUUUAUAAAUGAUUUAUAAAGUAUAAAUAGCCAAUUUUUAGAUUAGGUCAUGCAAAAAUACUUUACUAAUGAUUAGUAGAUGGUUUAGAAGGACUUAUAUUGAACAUCUUAGAAAACAUUAAAUACUUUUAAGUUUUAUAAAUGUGUGAAUAACUAGGUUACUAACAUUUUUUUACAAAUGUGAGUAAUGAUGAAUAAAUUAUUUACUAAUCCGUUAUAAAAUGCUUUUAUGUAGAGUUAUUAUGAAGUGCUAGCCAACAUUAAAACAUCUCAGUUUUAA